AUGACUGAAGCAGCCGAGGCGGGCCCGUCGCGGACGCCGCCGCCGCGCCGCAAGGUAUAUCCUACCGAGGCGUUUGUCGAUGGGCGUGGGGAUGUGCUCGCAGUGCGCGUGUUUGCCGACGAGGACACGGACUUGCCUGGCAUCACGCGGCUGUGUGACGAGGAGCUGAGCGAACCAUACAACGUCUAUACGUUUCGCUACUUCCUUGAGGACUGGCCACACCUCACGUUCUUCGUGUUCCCGUCCCCCGCGGACCCAGAACCGAUUGCGACGAUCAUCUGCAAGCUUGACAUGCACCGCGAACGCACGAUGCGGGGAUACAUUGGCAUGUUGAGUGUCGACAAGGCCUGGCGGCGGCGGAGCAUUGCGCGCAAGCUCGUGGAGCUGGCCAUUAGCAAGAUGGAAGCUGUGGGCGCAGACGAGAUCGUGCUCGAGACCGAGUUCGACAACGGCCCCAGUCUGGCACUAUACGAGGCGCUUGGCUUUAUCUGCGAGAAACGUCUGCAUCGCUUCUACUCUAAUGGGAAGGACGCGUUCCGCCUUGUACGGCCCUUGGCGCGGCAUCCGUUACUCCGCACGGCGGCGUUGCGUGAGAGACAGGACGCCGAACGGCGCAGCAUGCUCGAGAACGAGAAAGAGGAGAACGGAAGCGGGGACGCUGUGCCGCCAGAGAUCGCGCUCGUCCUCGCUGGCCCGCCCGCGUCGCCGCCGACCGCCGCGCACGCCGAUGCGAUGGCGCGGCUCGCGAGCUUGACCAUAGAGUCGAUGCCCAUACGGCCCCCGCCAAGCUACAUCAUGUAG